UUUAUUUUUGCAUAUUCUCUGUCAAUUUCAUCCAUUUUAUGUGAACCAAACAAAUCAUAAAAAAAAAACAUUUAUUUUUCACAUUCUUCAUCUUCAACCUUUCGCCAAUUCAGUAACCCCUCAAAAACCCUAGAUCAAACGAAUCCACCACCGUCUCGUAAUUCUCGGUGGCUGAAAUCUCCGUUCUCUGUUUCCGAAAAUUUUGAAUAUCUAGGAAUAUUUUUUUCCGUUGAGAGAGUUCCGAUUUCAAUUGCAGUUUCUAGGGUUUUUUUGGGGUUUAAAAUGGGGAGCAGAAAGCAAGAAGAGAAGAUUGAGAAGAUUAUUAGGGGGCUUAUGAAGCUUCCGCCGAAUCGGAGAUGUAUCAACUGUAAUAGUUUGGGACCUCAGUAUGCAUGUACAACUUUUUGGACCUUCAUUUGCAUAACUUGCAGUGGAAUACAUCGUGAGUUUACUCAUCGUGUGAAGUCUGUGUCAAUGUCGAAGUUCACUUUGCAAGAAGUUGAUGCUCUUCAAAAUGGCGGUAACCAGCGUGCAAGGGAAAUAUAUUUGAAAAAUUGGGACUUCCAAAAACAACGGUUGCCAGAUAGCAGCAACGUUGAUAAAGUAAGGGAGUUCAUAAAGAAUGUAUAUGUAGAUAAACGAUAUGCUGGAAUAAAGUCAUCUGAAAGGCCUCCAAGAGAUGCACAGAGCCCCACAAUUCAUGAUGACGAGAUUAGACGUGCAAGUUCUUAUCAUUCAUAUUCACAAAGUCCUCCAUAUGAUAAUCAAUAUGAGGAUCGGCGCUAUGGAAAGCAAGCAGGGGCUCUGACGAGAAAGCCUGGUUCAGAUAAAAUCCGUUAUGAAGGGAAGAUGUCUAGUAUUAUCUAUAGUCCUGGUCGUUUCAGUGAUCAUGCAAAUGAUGAAAGAUUUGCAAAUGAGGGAUCUGGUCCAAGAAAUUCCGACUUUUCCGUGUCCAGUGGUCAUGAGCAAUUCAAAUCCGAUGUUCAGUCUCCUCAGUUUCGUAAGGACAUUGAGUUUAACAGCCCAUCUCAUAAACGUCCUGGUUCUAGUUCAAGUGAAGAUAUGUGGACUCGAGCAAAAAAUGCAGCUCUCGAAUCUAAUGCCGCUGCCAAGAGAGAUGCAGAUGGAAUUCGUCAUCCACAGAGAACUACAUCAUUGCAACCAACCGACAGCAACUUUUCAACCUUAAGAUCUUACAAUUCUGGCAGUUCAAUUGAUUUUUUCUCGGAAGCUGUCCAAUCUUCAGGGUCCCUUCAAGAUAAUGCAUCAGGAAUUUCACUGCCAUCUGAACCUGCAAGAUCUGUUAGCUUGGAUCUUUCCAAGGCACCAGUAGCAUCAGCUUCAUCUGUUGUUCUUUCUCAAACAGCUGCACCAUCUCAAGCUCCAUUGGGAGAUCUGUUUCAAUUAUCUGACAUGACUGCAGCUACAUCUUUCAAGGGAAAUCAACCUACACAAACAUCCCAAGUCGCAUCUAUUGAUUUCUUUGUGAAGGCUACUGCAACCUCUGAUGCAAAAUCGGUGGAGAUAUCCAUCCCUAAAAAUGAAGGGUGGGCAACAUUUGAUACGCCUCAGUUCACAUCAUCUAAUGCACAAGUGGAAACUCAUGCGGCAGUACCUUUAAGUGCUGAAUCUUUGCAGGAUAGAUUUGAUCCAUUUUCCACCGUGAAUGGUAAUAUGCAAUGGCCAUCUUUUGAAAUUUCUAAUGUUGGUGUAUCUUCUGUUACAUCUGAUGUAUGGCAAGACGGUGUAUGGAAUGCCGUAAAACAAGUUCCUGUUGCGGCUACAGAUACUCAAUCAUGGAAUGCAUUUGAAGAUUCUGGUACACAUUUUCCUGUGGAUGGCAGUAGUCAAGGAUUAAAUUUGCACUAUUUUUCAUCAGAGGUUUCGGGUUUAAGUGCUUCUUCUGAGGGACCCAAUAAAGAUGGAAUCCAAGGUGUUGCUCCUAUUGGAGGUUUUGAUAAUCAUGUCAUCCCAUCACACGGAGAUAUUCAGCCUAAUGGAAUCAGUCGUAAAUCAACUAAUCCAUUCGAUUUUCCCUUUGAUUCUGAUGUAGAGCCGAGCAAUUUGUUCCUUGAUAUGGGCUCUUUGCAAGCUGCUCUUCCAGAUGCCCUCUUACCAGCCACAUUUGGUGGUAUCCCUGAACCCUGGCUCCCUCAAAAUACAGCGACACCAUAUAUUUCCUCUGCUGGUGAAGGUGGUUUAUCAUUCAUGACCGUGCAAACACCAAGUUCCCACUUACAGAACAUCCAAGCACAAGAACCAGUUGCUUCGAUUGGCGGAAAUCCUUUUGCUUAGAAACACUUCUUGUACAUUGUACUAUUGUUUCCUAAUAGAAAUUUGGGUGUAGCCAGUGUUAGGUAGGUACUGAAUGAAGUAAUGUUGAUGUUUUUUAGAUCAAAAUGUAACUCAUUACUUCCACUCGAGGAAGCAUUGCAAUUCAGUCCCCUACUAUAUUCAUGUGAUGAUUUGUAUUACUAAUUGAACACAUAAUAGUUAGAAUUCUUGAUAUUUUGAGAUUGAGGCUAUUAAGGAUAUUUCACAUUAUUCUAUUAA